GGGAUUGGCCGGCGGCGGAGGGGGCGGGGCCGCGGAGAGGAGCACUCCGCACAGCCAUGGCCGCUCCUCGCGACAGGGUAGCGCACUUGCUGAGGCAACUGCAACGCGCAGCAUGCCAGUGCCCAAGUCAUUCUCAUACUUACUCCCAAGCUCCUGGACUUUCACCUUCUGGGAAAACAACAGAUUAUGCCUUUGAGAUGGCUGUUUCAAAUAUUAGAUAUGGAGCAGGGGUUACAAAGGAAGUGGGCAUGGACCUACAAAACAUGGGUGCUAAAAAUGUUUGUCUGAUGACAGACAAGAACCUCUCCCAACUGCCUCCUGUACAGACAGUGAUGGAUUCCUUAGUGAAGAAUGGCAUAAACUUUAAGGUUUAUGAUAAUGUGAGGGUGGAACCAACCGAUAGAAGCUUCAUGGAAGCUAUUGAAUUUGCCAAAAGGGGAGCUUUUGAUGCCUACGUGGCCACGGGUGGCGGCUCCACCAUAGACACCUGCAAAGCCGCUAAUCUGUAUGCAUCCAGCCCUGACUCUGAUUUCCUGGACUACGUCAAUGCCCCCAUUGGGAAGGGAAAGCCUGUGACUGCGCCUCUUAAGCCUCUGAUUGCAGUCCCAACUACCUCAGGAACUGGGAGUGAAACUACUGGAGUUGCCAUUUUUGACUACGAACACUUGAAAGUAAAAACUGGUAUUGCUUCGCGAGCCAUCAAACCCACACUGGGCCUGAUUGAUCCUCUGCACACCCUGUACAUGCCUGAGCGGGUGAUCGCCAACAGUGGCUUCGACGUGCUUUGUCACGCCCUGGAGUCCUACACUGCCCUCCCGUACCACAUGCGGAGCCCCUGCCCUGCAAACCCCAUCGCCCGGCCAGCCUACCAGGGCAGCAACCCCAUCAGUGACAUCUGGGCAGUCCAUGCACUGAGGAUCGUUGCUAAGUAUCUGAAGAGGGCUGUCAGAAAUCCUGAUGAUCUUGAAGCAAGGUCUAGUAUGCACUUGGCAAGUGCUUUUGCUGGCAUUGGCUUUGGAAAUGCUGGUGUUCAUCUGUGCCAUGGAAUGUCUUACCCAAUUUCAGGCUUAGUGAAGACAUAUAAAGCAAAGGAUUAUAAUGUGGAUCACCCACUGGUGCCCCAUGGCCUGUCUGUGGUACUCACGUCCCCAGCAGUGUUCACCUUCACGGCGCAGAUGUCUCCUGAGCACCACCUGGAGAUGGCAGAAAUACUGGGAGCCGACACCCGCACUGCCAGGAUCCCAGAUGCUGGGCCUAUUCUGGCAGACACGCUGCGGAAAUUCUUAUUCGAUCUGGAUGUGGAUGAUGGCCUAGCUGCCAUUGGCUACUCCGAGGCCGAUAUCCCCGCAUUAGUGAAAGGCACACUGCCCCAGAUGCUCGUCACAGAAAACGGACCCAGGGGCCCACAAACAUGCAACCGAAACACUGGAAAGGGUCACCAAGCUUGCACCACGCCCUCAGUCAGAAGAGGAUCUGUCUCUUCUGUUCGAAGCGUCAAUGAAACUGUAUUAAUUUUCAUUUUCACCGAAAGAAUUACCAUUGGCCAUCGUAAUUCUGAAAACAGAAGUUGAUCUAGCAAGAGCUUUGUCUUUUCACCUCCACACGUAACUUCCCUGUUACCAGCCUGAAUGUGAUAUAAUUUUAUCCUGUAGAAGAUUCCCUGAUGCUCCAGGUCCAGCUACUUCCAUAGAACACGCUGGACAAAUGCCCACCAUGCUGGACCCUCAGCCAGACUUCAGAGGGCCAUGUUCCUGCCCCAAACCCUGCACAUUACCCCUGUAUCAAAGGGGCACACACUCAGUAUCUACCAAAAAUAUUAAUGUGUAUAUCCUAUGCCCAGUAAUCAACCCCACAUCUAGAAAUUUAUCCUAUAAAAUACCAGCACAAGUGUGUAAAGAAAUAUGGCAAGGAUGUUUCUGGCAGCGCAUUUUCUAAUAAUAAAAAAUUUGAAAGAA